UGGGGGCUUCUCUGCAGCAGGAGCAGGGGCUCUUACCCUUCUAAUCCUCAUAACGACCCCAGCCUAAUAAUACAAUGAUCCCCACGUAGAACCAGGGGCCCGAGGCCCCCACAUCAGCUGGGCUUCCACCUCUAAGCUCACGCCCUCAACCACUCUGCUGGGGUGGGCAAACCCAGGCCCCACAGCCAGCUAGCGGGACAUCCGUGUCCAUGAUUGGCGCUGUGUGUUUUAAGUUGCAGCGUCAAAAACAUUAAGAGAUUGCUCUAGCAAAUAUUUACCCAGUUCUGACUCUGCACAUGGCAUCAUCGUUCUAGGAGCCCAAAGAUGUUAACUUGUUUAAUAAUCAAGCCCUGUGAAGGCAGGCGGCACAGUGCACGCCAAGAUGGCUGUGUCCACAGAGGAGCUGGAGGCCACGGUUCAGGAAGUCCUGGGGAGACUGAAGAGCCACCAGUUUUUCCAGUCCACAUGGGACACUGUUGCCUUCAUCGUCUUCCUCACCUUCAUGGGCACUGUGCUGCUCCUGCUGCUGCUGGUCGUCGCCCACUGCUGCUGCUGCAGCUCCCCCGGGCCCCGCAGGGAAAGCCCCAGGAAGGUGAACCCCUGGAAGGAAAGACCCAAGGGAGUGGAUAACUUGGCCCUGGAACCCUGACCCUGUGUGUCCUGCCCAGUGGCAGUAACAAAGCCUUCUGUCUGCCCAGA